CUUCGUUCGUGCGGAGGCCAGUCAGUUCUCCGUCAUGGCGGCUCGUGUCCUGCAGCAGUGCGUCCGCUCCCUGGCCCGGCCCUCGCUAAGGCUCAGCUCCGCCACCCUGGCGGUCCGAGCCGCGGCCCCGGCGGCUGCGCCCCGCCGACCCUUCUCCUUCGCCUUGGACAGCCGGAGGACGCGGCCCGCGGCUCCGAGCCGGAUCUCCUCGGUGGGGGUUUUGUGUCGACAGUAUGGGGACCUGCCCCCCCUCACCCUAGAAAACAUCAAAGACCGCGUCAUGUAUGUACUGAAGCUCUAUGACAAGAUCAACCCAGAGAAGCUGCAGACAAGCUCCCACUUCAUGAAAGAUUUGGGUUUGGACAGCUUGGACCAAGUGGAGAUCAUAAUGGCCAUGGAAGAUGAAUUUGGCUUUGAGAUCCCAGACGCAGAAGCAGAGAAGUUGAUGAGUCCAGAGGAGGUUGUACAGUACAUCGCAAACAAGAAAGAUGUUUAUGAAUAAUCUGUUCUGUAGCUCAGAAGCAGGAUACCCCACCCUCACACAAGAAGGUUCUGGCAGAGCAGAUGAGCGCCAGACUUCCCACUUAAACCCCAUGAGCUCUUCUGUCCAGCGUGGCGACAUCUUCAGCACCUGCUGUGUCUUGUGUUAGACUGUAUUUAAAUGAACAUGUUCUCGGGAGCUUGGAGAUAUCAGUUUGGAUUUUUUUUUUCCUCCCCUUCUGGCUCCAGCCUGUGGUUGUUUAAUUUCUCAUGAUCAAUAAAAGAUACACAUUA